UGUAAUGUAUAUACUUAUUUACACCGGUGAGGUUUUGAGUAGCCCAUCACAGAUAGACCGCAUGUGUGGCGGUAGACAAAACCUCUUCCGGUGUUUAGUCGUCUUGCCGCUGUCUGAGGAAGUGGGAGAACUCCACAUUAUAAAAUGUAUCAGUUUGGGAUUUUGCAGGGGUUUCGGUGCCUGUCAAAAAACCAGCAACAGAUCAUCAGACAUAUCCAAAUCGCUGUUCGUCCGACUUUACACAACAAUGGGAAUAUCAGGCAGGGACAUUUGCUGCGUGAGAUCCGAAGGUCAUUUUUGAACGUCCAUGCAAAAAAGGUCCUGCCAUGUUGUGCUGUUAGAUGGUAUAAACCCUUACCAGACCAGAGCAAAGAUGGAGAAUUGAUCUACAGAGGCAGCCUGGCAAAAGCUGUCCUUGGUGUGAAGUUGUUGUCCUACUCAAGCAGUAUGUUUACUCUCUGUGUGAUGCCAUUUAUCCUCAAGAAGGCAGGCGUCGACUUAAACAGCAUGGCACAGCUGUUGACAUUCUGCGGCAUAGGUCUCUUCACGUUUGUGAUUCCUUUUCUCCUGCACAUGCUCACCAAAGGCUAUAUAGUGCGUCUGUACCACAACACGGAGACAGACAUGUACACGGCCAUAACUUACAGUGCUGUUCUAGUGGAGAAGCGGACUGUGUUUCAUCAGAGCGAUGUAGUUAUCCCAGAUGUCUCUCGGAUGUUCACCAGCUUUUAUGCCAAAAAACGCUCAAUGCUGGUUAACCCAGAGCUUUUUUCUCUGCCCCACGCCUACAACCACCUCAUGGGUUACGACCGGCCUUUCUCUUUUGACACAGAUGACUUGAACAAACCGGAUAAAAGUUAAUUUGUCCAUGCUAAAUCUGUCCAGUGUUAAUAUAAUGUCUUUUCAUCAUCAUGGACUCCUGUGUUGUAUUUAAUAUUGGCAGGCUGGCAUGUCAUCCAGUAUAGUUGUAAUGCAGCAAAAGUGUAAAUAAACUAAAAUACAUAUUUACCAUC